AUGAGUGAGCAAGAUACUAAACAACCGUCAAGAAGGCGGCGUUCGAGUAUAAUAGAGGUUGUCAGUGAUGGCGAAAAUGAGCCCGGACUGAGUUUCAAUGAACAAGAUCACCGACACAGUAUCAUAGAAGUCCCUAGUGAUGCUGAGCUGGAUGCAUCCAAUGAUGAGCUAGAAAUAGUGGGUGAAGCUCCAGCUCCCGCCGUGGACGAUGACGAAAUUCAGAUUACCGGUCAAAAUGAGAUGAGACCAUCGCCUAUUCAAUACCCUGGUGCACCUAUGGAGGCUGUUCCUGUCGAUGACCACCGUGAGGAACGAACACCCACUCAAACGCCACCUACGCCGCGGCCACCAACGAGACAGCGAUCACUAUUCGGGAGAAAUCCAAGAAGAAAUACGAGAAGAAGAACUGCUGGACAGCUGCUUAUGGAAAGACUCAACUUUGCGGUACCUUUCAGUUUCUUCAAUCUUCCGGAGGAGGAGCGAAGAACCUUUUUUAAUUACUUACAUGCACAAGACACAGCAGAUGAGAUAUCCGGCGCUAUACUAGCCCGUUUAGAAAGAGAGGACGAUCUGGCCCUUGAUCGCAAGAUAGAAAAGGAAAAGAUUUACAAUCGGGAUACGCUUCGCAAAAAGCGAGAUGAAGCUAAGGAGGAGGAUAAUUUGCACACGACCAACAUCACUCCCACAGAAAACCUUCUUUGUGAAUUAUGUGGUAUACAGUUGGGCGAAGGCAUUCCAGAUGACUUCAUACCCGACCCUAAGUAUAACAGACAUUUGUCAAAGUAUGUUGCGGAUAACAAGGUCCAAGCCCCAUGGUUCUGCGUCACGCAAUGUCUAGAAAGUGAUAGGGCACUCUCCAAACGUGUCUUCGUUGGAAAGUGUGGCCACGUUUUCUGCGGAAGAUGUAUAAAGAACAUUGGUAAUAGAGCACCAGGAAGGCGUUCUAAGAAGAAAGAUCAGGAAGUGUCAAUUGAUAAUCCUAUGAUCAGCGCUCCACGAAAAUGCCCAGCAGCAGACUGCUCGCAUCAAUUCUCUCGUGGCAAGCGUGCAUUCACAGAGCUUUUCCUCUAG